CUCGCCCCUCCGACCCUUUCCCAAUCGCCAUAACUAUACAACAUGGCUGACGCCGCUCCCCGUGGACGUGGAGGAUUCGGAUCUCGCGGUGACCGCGGUGGUGACCGUGGCCGUGGCCGUGGCCGCCGUGGACGCCGUGGUGGCGCGAAGGAGCAGGAGAAGGAAUGGCAGCCCGUCACCAAGCUCGGCCGUCUCGUCAAGGCUGGCAAGAUCACCAGCAUGGAGCAGAUCUACCUGCACUCCCUGCCCGUCAAGGAGUACCAGAUUGUGGACUUCUUCCUCCCCAAGCUCAAGGAUGAGGUCAUGAAGAUCAAACCCGUCCAGAAGCAGACCCGUGCCGGUCAGCGUACCCGCUUCAAGGCUGUCGUUGUCAUCGGUGACUCCGAGGGCCACAUCGGUCUCGGUAUCAAGACCUCCAAGGAAGUCGCUACCGCCAUCCGUGCCGCCAUCACCAUCGCCAAGCUGAGCGUUCUCCCCGUCCGUCGCGGUUACUGGGGUACCAACCUCGGUGAGCCUCACUCUCUGCCCGUUAAGCAGAGCGCCAAGUGUGGUUCCGUCUCCGUCAGACUUAUCCCCGCUCCCCGCGGUACCGGUCUCGUUGCCUCCCCCGCCGUCAAGCGUCUCCUCCAGCUUGCUGGUGUCCAGGACGCCUACACCUGCUCUUCCGGCUCCACCAAGACCCUCGAGAACACCCUCAAGGCUACUUUCCUUGCCGUCGUCAACACCUACGGCUUCCUCACCCCCAACCUCUGGAAGGAGACUAAGCUCAUCCGCAGCCCUCUUGAGGAGUUCGGUGAUGUCCUGCGCCAGGGCAAGAAGUACUAGGAUAGUGCUUUGAUGGGAUAAACUUGCAUGAUUGUUUUUUGAAUCGAACUAUUUUUUCUACGGACUUCAAAAAGUUGCUCUUUGGCUGUAGGAUCGGAAUUCUGCACAGAUUACGACUUUCGCGCCUACCUACGCUAAUUAACGGUGUCAACGGAUGUAAUGAUUAUAAGGAGGAGCUUCGAGAACUUAGCGCAAGGUCAAUUUAACCUCCAUUUUCGCCAGUGACUACCGGGCGGUUGAUAUGGUACGGUGCGCCCACUAUCUACUCUGUGUACUUCUACG